AUGGACGCUUCAAGGGGUCAGACGGUGCGCGUUCGCCGCAACGAGCAGCAGCAGCAGCAGCAUGCCGUCCCUCCUCCUCAACACGACCUAGCGCACGCCGACGACAAUGAUGACCACCGCAAGUAUCGCUCGAAUCUGCACGCCGUGUCGCCAAAGGUGCACGCCCAUCCCGCCGACACGCCGAUCGCAGUCGCGCUGUUCGUGCUCGCUGCCGCUCUGCGCUUCUACAGCAUCUCGUUCCCAGACCAGGUCGUAUUCGACGAGGUCCACUUUGGCAAGUUCGCCGCCUACUACCUCCGCCGCGAGUUCCACUUUGACGUCCAUCCGCCGCUCGCCAAGCUCAUCAACGCCUUGGCCGGCCACAUCGCCGGCUUCGACGGUCACUUUGAGUUCGACCAGAUCGGCGACAAGUACCUCGAGAACAACGUGCCCUACAUCCGCAUGCGCGCACUCCCCGCCAUCAUCGGCAGCCUCCAAGUGCCGCUCAUCUACGCCAUCAUGCGCCACAGCGGCUACGCACCCAUCAUCGGUGUCUUUAGCGCAGCGCUCCUCCUCUUCGACAACGCACACAUCGCACAGGACCGCCUCAUCCUCCUCGACGCCCCGCUCAUCCUCUUCAUGAUGCUCAGCCUCUACUCCUACAUCCGCUUCUACAAGCUCCGCUACAACGAAUUCUCGCUCGCAUGGUGGUCCUGGCUCCUCGCAACCGGCCUCAACCUCGCCCUCACAAUGAGCUGCAAGAUGGUCGGCCUCUUCACCUUCUUCACCAUCGGCGCCGCCGUCCUGUGCGACCUCUGGAAGCUGCUCGACAUCCGCCGCGGCCUCGACAUGGACCACGUCGUACGCCACUUUUUCGCGCGCUUCUUUGCGCUCAUCAUCUUCCCCUUUGGCGUCUACCUCUUCUGGUUCUGGGUCCACUUUGCCAUCCUCAUCAAGAGCGGUCCCGGCGACGUCUUUAUGAGCUCGCAGUUCCAGCAGACGCUCCAGGGCAACCCCAUGCUCAGCAACGCACGCGACAUCCAGUACCACGACCACAUCACCCUCCAGCACAAAAAUACGAAGGCCUUCUUGCACUCGCACCUCGAGCGAUACCCGCUCAAGUACGACGACGGGCGCAUCUCGAGCCAGGGUCAGCAGGUCACCGGCUAUCCGCACAACGACACCAACAACGUCUGGCAGAUCAUCCCCACACGGCCCAUCCCGGACGACCAAGCCGACGGCCGCGUGGUCAAGCACAAGGACCACAUCCGUCUGCUCCACGUCAACACCAACUCCUAUCUGCUCACCCACGACGUCGCCUCGCCGCUCAUGGCCACCAACGAGGAAUUCACCACCACGCCCGCCAACGACACGUCGCGCUACGACGACACGCUCUUCGAGUUCCAGCUGGACGAGUCCGACCUGCCGGACAAGAGCUGGAAGAGCAAGGCGUCCUGGUUCCGCCUCAUCCACGUCAACACGCGCGUCUGCAUGUGGACCCACCCCGAGCCGCUCCCCGACUGGGGCUUCAAGCAGCAAGAAGUCAACGGCAACAAAAACGCCAUGGACAAGACGUGCCUGUGGUACGUCGACGACCUCGUCCCUUCGCCCUCCAGCCCCGACUACGAAGAGAGGCUCAAGCCGCUGCCUCCACGAAAGGUGGUGCGCAUGAGCUUCUUGAAAAAGUGGCUCGAAUUGCAGCUGCAGAUGCUCCAGCAAAACGCCGGUUUGACCCAGAGCCAUCCCUACGCAACCGGACCCAUCAACUGGCCCUUUUUGCUGCAGGGCAUUUCCUUCUGGACGCAGGAUGCGGGGCAGCACCAGAUCUAUAUGAUCGGCAACCUGGUUUCGUGGUGGGGCACCAUCCUCAGCAUCUCCAUCUUUGCCGGCGUGGUGGGUGCGGAUCUGCUGGCUCGUAGGCGUGGCAUCUAUCCGAUCCCCAGUGCCGUGCGCAAUCGGCUGCACAAGUCGGCGGGAUUCUUUGUGGCCGCUUGGGCGUGCCACUAUGUGCCCUUCUUCCUCAUGUCGCGUCAGUUGUUCAUCCACCACUAUCUGCCGGCGCACGUCUGCGCCUGCUUGGUGGCGGGCGCCGUGGUCAACUUUGUCGCCAGCGAGACGGUGCAGUUCCCCAUCUCCCCGCCUGGUCCUCUGCUGCGCGUGCACGACUACAGGGCAAGGAUGGACAAUGUCGUUCCCAAACAGGCGCGUGCGGUCAUGGCCGUCAUCAUGGCCGCUCUCAUCGUCUGCUUCUGGUGGCUCAGCCCGCUCACGUACGGCACGCCCGGUCUCACCACCGCCGAGGUCCAUGCCAGGAGACUGCUCUCCUCGUGGACGUUGCAUUUUGCAAAGUAG